CCUUCAGUGGAGGCAGCAGGAUCCAAACUACUGGAUACAGGUGCAUCGCUUGGAACAUGGAGAUGGAGGAAUUCUAGACCUGGAUGACAUCCUCUGUGAUGUAGCAGAUGAUAAAGACAGACUGGUAGCUGUGUUUGAUGAACAAGAUCCACAUCAUGGAGGUGACGGCACCAGUGCUAGUUCCACAGGUACCCAGAGUCCAGAGGUGUUUGGUAGUGAGCUUGGUACCAACAGUGUUUCAGCCUUUCAGCCUUAUCAAGCAACAAGUGAAAUUGAGGUCACACCUUCAGUCCUCCGAGCAAAUAUGCCUCUUCAUGUCCGACGAAGCAGUGACCCAGCUUUAAUUGGCCUCUCCACUUCUGUCAGUGAUAAUAAUUUUUCUUCCGAAGAGCCCUCAAGGAAAAACCCUACACGCUGGUCAACAACAGCUGGCUUCCUCAAGCAGAACACUGCUGGUAGUCCCAAAGCCUGUGACAGGAAGAAAGAUGAAAACUACAGAAGCCUCCCACGGGAUACUAGUAACUGGUCUAAUCAAUUCCAGAGAGACAAUGCUCGCUCAUCUCUCAGUGCCAGUCACCCAAUGGUGGACAAGUGGUUGGAGAAGCAAGAACAGGACGAGGAUGGGACGGAAGAAGACAGUAGCCGUGUGGAACCAGUUGGACAUGCUGACACUGGUUUGGAGAAUAUACCCAGCUUUUCUCUGGAUGAUAUGGUAAAGCUCGUACAAGUCCCCAACGAUGGAGGGCCUCUGGGAAUCCAUGUAGUGCCUUUCAGUGCUCGAGGAGGCAGAACCCUGGGUUUAUUAGUAAAACGAUUGGAGAAAGGUGGUAAAGCUGAACAAGAAAACCUUUUUCAUGAGAAUGAUUGCAUUGUCAGGAUUAAUGAUGGUGAUCUACGGAAUAGAAGAUUUGAACAAGCACAACAUAUGUUUCGCCAAGCCAUGCGUACACCCAUCAUUUGGUUCCAUGUGGUUCCUGCAGCAAAUAAAGAGCAGUAUGAACAACUUUCCCAAAGUGAGAAGAACAAUUACUAUUCAAGCCGAUUCAGUCCCGACAGCCAGUAUAUUGAUAACAGGAGUGUGAACAGUGCUGGACCUCAUGCACUGCAGAGAGCACCCAGACUGAGCCACCCACCUGAGCAGAUAGAAGCUCACCCACGACUACCUCAUAGUGCACACCCCUCCGCAAAACCACCGUCAGCCCCGGCUCCGGCCCCACAGAAUGUAUUUAGCUCAAGUGCAAGCAGUGGUUAUAACACCAAAAAAGUAGGCAAGAGGCUCAAUAUCCAGCUGAAGAAAGGUACAGAAGGUUUGGGAUUCAGCAUCACUUCACGAGACGUCACAAUAGGUGGCUCAGCUCCAAUUUAUGUGAAAAACAUCCUCCCCAGAGGGGCUGCCAUUCAGGAUGGUAGACUGAAGGCAGGAGAUAGACUCAUAGAGGUAAAUGGAGUAGAUUUAGCAGGCAAAUCCCAAGAGGAAGUUGUUUCCCUGUUAAGAAGCACCAAGAUGGAAGGGACUGUGAGCCUUCUGGUCUUUCGCCAGGAAGACGCCUUUCACCCAAGGGAACUGAAUGCAGAGCCAAGCCAGAUGCAGAUUCCAAAAGAAACGAAAGCAGAAGAUGAAGAUAUUGUUCUCACACCUGAUGGCACCAGGGAAUUUCUUACAUUUGAAGUUCCACUUAAUGAUUCAGGAUCUGCUGGUCUUGGUGUCAGUGUCAAAGGUAACCGGUCCAAAGAGAACCAUGCAGAUUUGGGGAUCUUCGUCAAGUCCAUUAUUAAUGGUGGAGCAGCAUCUAAAGAUGGAAGGCUGCGGGUGAAUGACCAACUGAUAGCAGUAAAUGGAGAAUCCCUGUUGGGCAAGACAAACCAAGAUGCCAUGGAAACCCUAAGAAGGUCGAUGUCCACUGAAGGAAAUAAACGAGGAAUGAUCCAGCUUAUUGUGGCGAGGCGAAUAAGCAAGUGCAAUGAGCUAAAGUCACCUGGGAGCCCCCCUGGAUCUGAGCUGCCCAUUGAAACAGUGUUGGAUGAUAGAGAACGAAGAAUUUCCCAUUCCCUCUACAGUGGGAUCGAGGGACUUGAUGAAUCACCCACAAGAAAUGCUGCACUCAGUAGGAUAAUGGGUGAGUCAGGUAAAUACCAGUUGUCCCCUACUGUGAAUAUGCCCCAAGAUGACACUAUCAUUAUAGAAGAUGACAGGUUGCCCAUGCUUCCUCCACAUCUUUCUGACCAGUCCUCUUCCAGCUCCCAUGAUGAUGUGGGAUUCACGAUGACAGAUGCUGGCACCUGGGUUAAGGCUGCAAUCAGUGAUUCAGCUGACUGCUCUUUGAGUCCAGAUGUUGAUCCAGUACUUGCUUUUCAACGGGAAGGAUUUGGACGCCAGAGUAUGUCAGAAAAACGCACAAAGCAAUUUUCAGAUGCCAGUCAAUUGGAUUUCGUUAAAACGCGAAAAUCAAAAAGCAUGGAUUUAGGUAUAGCUGACGAGACUAAACUCAAUACAGUGGAUGACCAGAAAGCAGGCUCCCCCAACAGGGACGUGGGACCUUCCCUGGGUCUGAAGAAGUCAAGUUCACUGGAGAGUCUGCAGACAGCGGUAGCUGAGGUGACUUUGAAUGGGGAUAUUCCUUUCCAUCGCCCACGGCCGCGCAUAAUCCGAGGAAGGGGAUGCAAUGAGAGCUUCAGAGCUGCUAUUGACAAGUCUUAUGAUAAACCUGCCAUCGAUGAUGAUGAUGAAGGCAUGGAGACAUUGGAAGAAGACACAGAAGAAAGUUCACGAUCAGGGAGAGAAUCGGUUUCCACAGCCAGUGAUCAGCCUUCGCACUCUCUGGAAAGACAAAUGAAUGGGAACCAAGAAAAAGGGGACAAGACUGAUAGGAAAAAGGACAAAACUGGAAAAGAGAAGAAAAAAGAUAGAGAAAAGGAAAAGGAUAAAAUGAAAGCCAAGAAGGGAAUGCUGAAGGGUUUGGGAGACAUGUUCAGGUUUGGCAAACAUCGGAAAGAUGACAAGAUUGAGAAAACGGGUAAAAUAAAAAUACAGGACUCCUUUACGUCAGAAGAGGAGAGAAUACGAAUGAAGCAGGAACAGGAGAGGAUUCAAGCCAAAACUCGAGAAUUUAGGGAGCGACAAGCUCGAGAACGUGACUAUGCUGAAAUCCAAGAUUUUCAUCGCACAUUCGGCUGUGACGACGAGUUGAUGUAUGGGGGAAUGUCUUCUUAUGAAGGUUCUCUGGCUCUCAACACCAGGCCCCAGAGCCCAAGAGAAGGGCACAUGAUGGAUGCUUUGUAUGCUCAAGUGAAGAAGCCGCGGAAUUCCAAACCUUCACCUGUAGACAGCAACCGAUCAACUCCUAGCAACCAUGAUCGGAUACAGCGUCUGCGGCAAGAGUUUCAGCAGGCGAAGCAAGAUGAAGAUGUGGAAGAUCGGCGACGCACCUAUAGCUUUGAACAACCAUGGCCCAGCUCCCGGCCAGCAGCACAGAGUGGCAGGCACUCUGUGUCCGUAGAAGUGCAGGCGCAGCGGCAGCGGCAAGAGGAACGUGAGAGCUUCCAGCAGGCCCAGCGCCAGUACAGUUCCCUGCCUCGGCAAAGCAGGAAGAAUGCUAGUUCUGUUUCUCAGGAUUCCUGGGAGCAGAACUACCCACCUGGUGAAGGUUUCCAGAGUGCCAAGGAGAACCCCAGGUACUCCAGCUACCAAGGCUCCAGAAACGGCUACUUGGGAGGGCACGGUUUCAACGCCAGGGUCAUGCUGGAGACCCAGGAGCUCCUCCGCCAGGAGCAGCGGCGGAAAGAACAGCAGAUGAAGAAGCAGCCUCCUCCUGAGGGACCCAGCAACUAUGACUCAUAUAAGAAAGUCCAGGACCCCAACUAUGCCCCUCCUAAGGGGCCCUUCCGGCAAGAUGUGCCCCCGUCGCCUUCUCAGGUCGCCAGACUGAACAGAUUCCAAACUCCUGAGAAGGGGCGGCCCUUCUAUUCCUGAGCACGAGGAGAACACAUGCUUCAUGUCAUGCAAUAAAAGGACAUUUUCAUACAAAGACUUGUAUUUUGGGAGUUUUUUAAAACCUUGAUGGUACUAUGGAAUAUUUCUGUUGUUGGUAUCAGUGCCUUUAAGCAGUGUGGGCAAAGAAACGGAAGGCCUUAAUGUCUUUGCCGCUAUGUCUCAAGUGUUCUUUCAUGGAAGGAUUUCCCACCAUCUGACAAUCAUCUGUUCGAGGCAUCCACACCCUCUGCAUCUCUCUGGAGUACCCGGAAUUUUGGCCCAAUGCAUAAGAUAUCCAUGGCUUUGUUGUUACGGUCCCAUACAACUUGGGUGACAGAUGAAGCUGAAGAAGGUGUUGAUUCUUCUUUUUCCCCUCUACAUUGUCUUAGCUAUGAGGGGACAUCUCAGUUUCUAGUGGAUGACAGUGGAUGACAUACACUAGAAACUGGGACUUCACAGCACAGUCAUUUAUAGAGCUUUGUAAUCAGCGUGGGUUUCCCUUCUCUUUCUCAGCAACUUGUAUCAGGAAAGUUCCGUCAUCGUAUUAAAGAAGCUAAGCCAUAUUCCAGCACCAUUUGGUUAUCAGGGGGUCCUUGUGUAACUGCCUUAUAACUCAACAUUACCAGUAAAGUGAUGAUUCUAGUCUUGUGUUUAUAAAUACACUUGUUCAGUCAUGUCCCUGACACAUGUUGAGUCGGCACAGCUCUGCUAAGGGAACGAGGGACACGGGAGUAACCUGGGUGGAGGAAGGACUGGACCUGCCCUGAACCAUGUGGAGGGGAGGGGGGGAGCUGAAGAAAGAAUUCUCCCAGGAGGAGUAUGGGCCAGUACAUCCCAAUUAUUAUUUUAGUUAGUUUUUGUUGUGACAGUGUGGAAGGAAGGGCAUAGAGUGGGACAAAGAUAAAUCAGUUGGUCAUUUUUGAAUUCUAAAAAUGGAUCUCUCUGUAGUUCUUAAGGUCGGUUGGAACUGAUAUUUGUCUAGCAUAUCCACAUACUGUAUCCCUGCCUGGUGAUACCAUGUCUCUAAAUAAUUCUGCCAUGAAACAUAAAAGACAAAUAAGGGAAAAGCCAUUCCGCAUUACACAGAGAACAUUAUGGUGUCCCAAAACAGUAACAAAAGAUUGCUCUCAUGUCAAUACUUUAUCGCACGUGCAGGUCACAAGGCCCUCGGUUGCUCCCUGUUUUCAUCUGUCUGUCUGAACGUUCUGUAUUGUAAACCAUGGCUGGGUUGCUAAAGUGCCUGCGAAUCCUGAUGUGAAAAAAGCUUGAGAUGAAAGCUCAGCAUAACGUGUAUUAACAAAAAAGAAGAAGAAAAAAAGACAUGUAUUGAUAUGCCUAUUCUUUUUUUUUUUUUACUGGCACAUUGUAUUUUUGCGUCGACUUGUUUUUAGAAAAUACGUGAAGUGUCCACACGUCCCUGUGUCUCUUUUGCAUUUCUGUGUAAUGGUUCUAUUUGUUAAUAAUGUGCAGCGAUGUUUCAAUGGUGUUACCAAUGUAAGCACGGUGACCUUGGAUGACAGUGGCUCUUUCUCACAGCCUUCCCUGAGCUGUGAGAAACAGCUUUCCCUGUACAUAUGAGACUUCUAAUAAAAGGCAUAUUUCUUCCUGUU